AUGAUAUGGCAGAUUCUAACGUUAUCUUUGCAAGUAGUAUCUCGUCGACAAGCAAGAACACCACUUUCGAAUUCAACAACAAUAAUGAAAGCUUUUAUCGCUCUCUGCGUCCUCUUCGUAGGCGCUUAUUGUGCACCAAUGCUCGAUGAAAAACUCGGUCAACAAUGGGCUUUAUUCAAACGUGUCCAUGAAAAACAAUACAAUUCAAUUGAAGAAGAAACAGCUCGUCGCACCAUCUUCGAAGCUAACCUUGCUAAAAUCCAAAAACACAACGUUGAAGCUGACUUAGGUAUUCAUACCUAUACCUUAGGAAUGAACAAAUUCGGUGAUAUGACCAAUGCUGAAUUCCGUCAACAAAUGAACGGAUUCAAAGUCUCAGCUAAAGAUGAAUCAUUCGAUCGUCAUACAUUCUUAGCUGCAUCAAAUGUUGCUAUUCCAGAUGCUGUUGAUUGGCGUAAAGAAGGUUAUGUUACACCAAUCAAAGAUCAAGGACAAUGCGGAUCAUGUUGGGCUUUCUCAGCUACUGGUUCACUCGAAGGUCAACACUUCGCCAAAACCAAACAACUCGUCUCACUCUCUGAACAAAACUUAGUUGAUUGUUCAGGCAAAUUCGGAAACAUGGGUUGUGAUGGUGGUUUAAUGGACUCAGCUUUUCAAUAUAUCAAAGCCAACAAUGGUAUUGAUACCGAAAAAAGCUACCCAUAUGAAGCUCAAGAUGGUAAAUGCCGAUUCAAAAAAGAAAAUGUUGGUGCCACUGACACUGGUUUCGUUGAUAUCAAAGCUCAAAAUGAAACUGAUCUUCAAAACGCUAUUGCUACAAUUGGCCCAAUUUCAGUUGCUAUUGAUGCAUCACAAGAUUCAUUUCAAUUCUACAAAUCAGCUGUUGGUUAUGACAAAUCAGGAUCAGGAGAAUACUACAUCGUCAAAAACUCAUGGGGAACAUCAUGGGGUAACCAAGGAUACAUCUGGAUGACCCGAAACAAGAAAAAUCAAUGCGGUAUUGCCACCAUGGCCAGCUACCCACUUGUUUAA